UUUCAGGGUGUUGCGUUUUCCUGUUCCUGAUUGAAAAUUGUAAAAUUUUGUUUAACAAAUGUAAACUCAACCGAAACUUAUCUGGACCUACUCUUAUAAAACCUGUGACUGCUGUUCGGCUGUGCUUGUUAAAUUAUUAACAGUAUGUUAAAUGUAUGUUGUCAACCUCAAAACAACGUCGAAAGCUAGCAGAAGUUAGCCACCAGUGAACUUUGUAGCUAGCAGCUAAAGCUAGCUGGCUAGCUGUGUUAGCCAGGCUGGCUCUUUGACCAGUCGCCACCGGACACUCUCACGCUACUUCUUCCACCUUUUGGAGUAAUGGCGAACCCGGCAUUGAUGCAGAAAAAGAAUGGGAAAUAUCUGUGGUUUGCUCUUCUUGGGCUCGGACUUAAACCGGACACCGCAGUGUCGUUAAUCGCUGGCAAAACCAGCAUAAACGUCAAACACAUCAACCUGGGACCGAAUAUGUUCGACAAACCAAACAAGGAUGCCUUCUACAUUGUCAUCAAUUUCCUGUUGGAGAAACUCAACCCAACACGAUUUACUGAAGCAUACAGGCACUGUUGGCCUGUUUUGAACCAUAAGGCUGAUGCUGAAUUCCGCAAAGUUACCUGCGCUUGGCUGCGAGAAAUAAUGGAUGAAACUGCGAAUGCAGGAUCCAAAGUGGUAGCAUCCUUGUUCCUCUCACCCGGAGGCCCCAAGUUUAUCAGCUUGAUGCUUCAUUUGGCAAAUCACGUCAUGUUGCAAGAAAUGAAGACAUUUAAAACAGAUGACAGUUGGGUUCCAGAGGCUGCAGCAAUUCCUGCGUCCUCCCUGGACAUGGCAGUGAAGAGACUCAACCUUAUCAAUACCAGGUUUCUGAAAGCUGGAGUGGAUCAGGAUCGUUUUCUUCACGAGUACCAGAAACGGGCACAAGUCCUGGUGAAGUCUAUGAGGGACAUCAGAGCAGAGGGUGCCAAGUAUGAUGAGCUACUCAAGCGUCACAGCACUAAUUCCACACAGGAGGGAGCUACUCCAGCUGAGAAGCUCAAAAGGGUGCGCUCCUUGUGGUCGGAUAUCGAUGGAAUGCUAUCGGCUAUUAAAGAGGAGCAGCAUGCAGUGGAGAGCGUUUUGAAGGGGGAUGUAGAUCAGUACAUCCUGGAUGGGACGGAUCGAGGGCUCAAAAUUCCUCGCAGUCUGCUGGAGAGAAUUGAACAGCUUCCACAUCAGUUGAGUUCAGGGAAUGUGUAUGAGGCUGGCCAGCUGAACCUCUUGUGUGUGUUGGAGCUAAUGAAUCACGCGCUGCAGCUCCUGAGGGAGGAGCGCUGUCGGGUCUCUCAUGCCCCCAAGCCUCAGCUCAGUCCCGAGCACCUGCAGGAGAAAUGUCAGCAGAUGGCCCGUGCGCUGCAGAAUCUCCAUCUCAUCAGACAGAGGAUUUCCAAAGAAGAAAUUCCUGAACUCAGGACUACCAUCAGAGAGUUGGAGGCUGCGUGGGACAGGAAGUGGAUGGAUACUUUGAAGGACACACCCCUUGUCUCUUUUCUAAAUGAAGAUCCUGCUCUUGGCUUCCUUUCACCAAUGGCUCCACUGUCUUUCGAACCGGCAGCUGAUGCUAGUUACAAAAGUAGUGUCUUCUUCCAGUACCCUGCAACGCUUCUUGAGGAGAAGCCCGCAGAGAGUAAAUCACAGGAAGUUGUCCCCCCUAGUUCUCAGCUGAAGAGCUCUUGCCCUGCAACAGCUGAGAUGGCCGAGAGUCCCAUUGUCACCACUCAAGCAUCGUCAAAAGCAAAUACCUCUCUUGACUGGCUUUUUGACACCCCAUCCCCUCCUCUAAAGGUCCAAUCAGAACCGCCACCUCAGGCCAGUGUGAGAAAGACAGCCCGUGUUCAUCAGAACGUGGCUCCCAUGAGGACCAAGACUCAGAUAUUGGACAUGGAGUGUGAUAACCUCGCUGAUCAGUUUGCAGAUGCAGUAACCACAACCAGUCCCACAGAGGACAGGGUCAAAGGUCUGGACCUGGAUGGCCUCCUCUGCACGCUUCAUGGAGAUCCCUUCUCUACGAGAAAGCAGCUGCCACGUACACCUGAGAGCUUAAUUCUAGAUGUGAAGAACUCCUGGCGUAAGGCAGUUAAGGAAGAUGAAGCUGAGAAAAUAGAGCGAUUAGCCAAGUUAAACGACAGCAUAACAGGACGGCUCACUCCCAUUAAUGAGCACAAUGUGCUGCUGGAUCCUGAAACUCCCUCCCAGAGUGUCUCUUGCAGCAUCACCCUUCCUGUCACAAGCCGCAGCAGCCCCCCUGUCAGCCAGCAGGGAGUCUCGCUUAAAUCCACUCUGUUGUGGGACACCUUCAGCACGAGCGGCAUAGGCAGCAGCGCGGUCCAGUUCAGCCUCGACCACGAAACACUCCCCGAAAUGUCGAGCUGCGACAGUCUACUGAGCCUCGACGACGAAGCGGUGGAUAUGAAGAGUGAGGACGAUGAUGAGAUCCUAAUCCCCUCACUGAAGACUGCAGCGACAAAAUCUCCACUGACCACACGUCAUCUGGGUCAGACCCAGCAGGCCUGUGAUGAUGUCACCUUCAUGGAAAGCAGGAAGAGAACACCGGAGUGUCUUCUGUCCGAUCACAGAGGGUCUGGUUUGGACUGUGACUGGCUGAUGGAGCCUGCAAAGUCAGUGGAAGCCACAGACAAGGUCUUUUCACUGGACUUAGACACACUAGACACACCUUCACCCCCGAAAAAGCAGGAGUACAGCCUUCCAAAACUGAUCACAUUCUCCCCAAUAGAUGACAUGAAGUGUUAACUACAUUCAUAUAAAAACCACUUUUCAGCCUUGACUGUCUUAAACUCUCGGCCCUAACUUUUUAAUAGAAGUGACUAAUAUUUGUACAUAACUGUAAAAUAACUUACUUCUGACUCUCGCUAAAUUACUUUUCCAUGUUUGAGGUUCUUUUUAAUUUAAAAUAGUAAGACAUGAACUGCUUUAAUAAAAUUGUAAAGUAUUUCUCAUUUCCUUUAAACUUGUGUGUACAUAAUUAGGAACUUCAGUGUUUUGUCCGUGCACGAUAGCAAUGUGGAAGUGCCUCUGAUGAUCCAUUAAAAUGUUGGGAAACAGAAAAAUGUAGUCUGCUGUUCCCAUGAGAAGCUAGUCUUCCUAUUACCUGUAACAUUUUCAUAGCACUACUAACCACACAAUGUUGUUUACGGCAUGUUAAAUGUCUGUAGGUAUGUGAACACAUGAAAGGGUCCAUGCAAGGCUGGCGAAAGUUGCAGAUUUUCUUAAAUGUUGGAUUAAACAAUUGUAAAUAACAAUAAAAAAAAAAAAACAUUGAUCUCUUCCUAGGAUUCUUGACACUACAAAAGUUUUAACUCCAUUCUGAAAUAAACUUAGAGCUUACAAGGGGUGGGGUCACAUGAUAAAAGGGCUUGCUUAUCAUUGCAGUGGUGUGAUGUGUUAUACUUGUGACUUUAACAAAUAUUGGAUACAACACGGUUUUCCAAGUCCAAUUUGCAUUUCGUGUCUCAAUUGGUUGAACUGCACCUGUUGCUUGUUUUUAUAUCGAUGUAACUUCUCGCGGUUUAGGAUGGGGGGCGUCAGAGGCCCAGUAAACCCAUGUAGCAAAACAAGAGACAAGGUAGCAGCAAAGAUUCAUAGAAAGCGGAAGUCAAAUGAUUUUACCUUCACAGUAAAAGGUUAAUUUUUCCAAUGGGGGAAUUUACCGGUAAAAUUGCUGCACCAUGAAAAUAAAAUAAAAGUAAUGUUUUUGAA